AUGCAGUACGGCAGCGAUGAUGUCCCGGCCCUUGAUCGCUUCGUUGCGUGCUUACCUUACGCGCUUCCUCUUGCAGAUUCAUUUGAAUGGGGUCAUUUCCUCUUCGACAAGUUUCCGAUCUUGGCUCUUCCGUUCGUUCCAUUGUUUCCUGUCAUUUCUUUACUAAAUGCCCCUUUCGUGUCGUUUGCGGUCUUCAUUGCUCUAUUUUCGUUCGUUACACGCAAUCCCUCAAUCCCGAGGUUUGUAAGGUACAACACGCUGCAGGCAAUUUACCUCGACAUCGCCCUGAUCUUCCCGUCCUUGUUCAAAGGUUUGGCAGGAAAUGUACCUUUGGAGUUGGCGGAAACAGGGAGCAACACAGUCUUUUAUGCUAUUCUUUUGUCUGUGAUCUAUGCUGCUGUUUCUAAUAUCAGUGGAAAGCUUCCCAACGAGAUUCCCUUGAUCAGUGAAACAGUUGAUGGACAGAUGCCUUUUUGA